AUGUUAAUAUCCGAGAUUGUGGAAGCUGCCGCCUCCAGAGAGGACGAGCCCGUUGACUCGAAGAAGCGGAAACUGUCCACAGUCGAAGCGGAAGACGCUGAAUUAGCUGAUGACAGGCCCUCUCCUAAGCCCGACAAGCUCGUCGCCAUUAAGGAGCACAUCGCCGCCCACCUCUCGCAAUCCAACAUCGCCAUGUUCUUGUGCUUCCAAGUACUGCCGCCAUUCAAUAGGUCCGUAGCCCAUGUCUCGCAAUCCGACCUCGCAAUGCUAUCUUGUGCUUCCAAAUACUGCCGCGAUUUGGUUGAGCAGUACAUGCAUCGGAAGGAUGAUGACAAUAACACUAGGGGUGAGGAUGAAGUCGAAGAGGACGAGGAUGAUGAUCUGCGCUCCGGGUUCUCUACUAUGACGUCCAUUACUUCUAAAUAUCGCGGUACUCUAGCAAUUAAAGACACCCCGGGUCUCGCUCGCUCCUUCACGCGGGCUACGGACUGGUAUGCUAAUCCGGCAUCCUUGGAAUUAAGCGUGGUUCAGAGCCGCUCUGAAUAUGGCUCCGAUGACGGGUCCGACGACUUGGAGGCGGGAGAUGGGACGCUUGACUUUUCGCUGGCCAAAGACAAGCAGCUUAUUGCGGCCCCUUGGACAUUGACAGCUGCGAGCAAACGCCAUGUUCCUGUCAAGCAGCAGUCGAAGCAGCAACCACCCCGACCAACUAUCUUCUCCAUCGGAUCACUUCCCACGUCUGCGUCUUGCCGCAAUCCGAUAUAUCCAUCCCUCGAACUGAGCACGCCCUGGCGCCGCAUCCAAGGCGCCAUCCACUAUCCCUCCUUCUCCUUCAGUGGCUAA